GGAGCAUUUACAGGAAGCGGGUGGAUUACUAGGGGUGAUAUGACAGGGAUGUGCUAUCAGUCGCGUUGCACGAUAGCCAACCACCCACUCGCACCCCGCGAUCAACCUCCCAACCUCGCGUUUCACCCCUCACCCCUGGCGAUGCGUUUGCUGGCCGCUCCCGAGUCGACGCCUCCCGGCUGCCAGUCGAUGCUCAGAUCAGAGCACGGCUGUCUCUUCACCAUGGCCUCUUCUCCUGCCACUGCCUUUGCUCCUGCUCCUGCUUCUUCACAGAAUCAGAGGCUCUUCGACCCAGCUUAGGCACCCAUGUCUCAUAGGGCUACUACAUCACAAGGUGUUUCCAUGUGCCGACCGCGCCUAUUCGCAUCCCUCGUGGUACGACCUUAAUUCAGACCCAACUUCCAGCCUCCUCUCGGUAUCUACCCGUACCAGCGCUUCUUCACCUCUGCGUCUGCAAACGACUCUAUGCGAGCCGCCUAUACAACCAUGGAUGGUGGAAGCUUCUACGAACACGAUAUUCCUUCUCUCAGCGCAUCCGCCAUGAGCGCCUUUGAUCCGGAGCGAAGCACACACUCGGCCUACAGCGGGCGAUCCGGCAUGCAGUCGUCGUCGCGAUGGAGCUUACAAGAGCCAGAAGAGUCGGACCAAGAAUCGGACGGCCCGUGGCGACCGCCAGCCUGGCAGAAGAGCAGCAACAACAACUGGUACCGCAAAUCCCUACUCGGCGACAGCGUGAUGCGGUCGAGUCCUUCGAGAUCUCCUUCGUACUAUGAGCGCGGCGAUCGAGACGUCACACCAUCGCGCAUCCCUCUCCCAGACUCGCCGCUCAAGCAUACCCCGCGAACGAGCCCGGAACCGGAGCAUUUAUUCACACCGGAAAACAUAGCAUCAAGGAUGCAAAGUCCCUCAGCGGAGCCAGAUAUGGAUGGAGAAGUACCCCAUGGCGAGGGAGAAGAGGCGGCAUUGUCGCUGCAUGACGAGGGUGCUGCGAACCCGGACGGAUUCAUCCGCUUCGCCGUACGGGGGGAGACAUUGUUCCGCACUGCACCCAUUGAGGACUCCAUAUCUGUGUGUGCCCAUUUCGUACAUGCGUUUAGCAAUUCGCCCAUGAGCAUUAUCAGCACAUUGUUCAUGAUCGCGCUUGCAUGGGUCCUCGUCCAGCCAUGGACGUCAACAGGUCUAGUGCCCGACGUAGCCAACGUCGCAGGAUUCGUAAAGCAGCUGUCGCCUCUGCUGUAUGCGUCCGAGAACGUGAUACCGCGCUCGCGAGAGCUUGCCGAAGCAAGCAUUGCUGUGCAGGAUCUGGGUGAGAGCGUGCGGGCGACGAACAUGUCCGCAUCGACGACAAUCAUCGACCAGCUUGACGAUCUGGGGGACAACCUCAAGGUGCUGUCGGAGCAGAUGACGAGUUUCUUUACGAAUGUUGAUGGCGAUGUUGAUUCUAUCUUGAUCACGAUGGAAUGGGCGAAGCGCGAACUGAAGAGCAUCCAAGGUCCCAAGACAGGCCUAAUAGAUACCGUCAUUGGCAACAUCCACGGCGCCCUCGGCAAGGCAGGACUUCUGGAGCACGACGGCCAACCCACAGCGAUAGGCCGCACAUUCAGCGACGUGCUCGGCCAAACCUCACAACAGCGCUCCAAAGCCACCCUCCAACGAACCUUCGACUACCUCCUCUCGACGCUCGAAGAAAACAUCACCAACGAGCUCGCGCGCGCAGACGUCCUCUUCACGCUCUUCGAAAGCGUAGACCGGCAAUUCCAAAACCUGCACCGGUCCGUCGCCAAAGAGGAAGACAGCGUCGCAACCAAGAAGGACGAAUUCCUCGCGUCCAUGUGGCGCAGCUCCAUCGGCAACCAGCUGAAGCUCAAGAAAUACGAAAAGAACCUCAAGCUCCUCAAGACCGUGCGCGCCAGCACCCUGACGAACAAGUCGGAGCUCAAGUCGCACAUACAGAUCAUCCACUCGGUCAAGGAGCAGCUCGACAAGGCGCGCCGCAACCUCGUCAGCCCGCUGAUCCGCCGCGCCCAGUCCAACUCCUUCGGCCUCGAGCAGCAGCUCGCGGACCUGAGCGGCACGUAUGGUUUCCUGAAGGGCGUCAGGGAGGAGCAGAAGCAGAAGGUGCUGAGGCAGCUGUGGAGGGAGGCGCCGAAGAGGAGGGUCACGAUUAGUGGUCAUGGUGGGGUUUACGACGAGGAUAAUGAGGAAGGGGUGGCGGAGUAUUGAAAUUAGGCUUUCUUAGGAGUAUUGUUUGGGAUAGGUGCACGAACCGGUAUUGGAGUUCGGUUUUCGGGUUAUUCUUUCUCGCGGGGCUGAAACAAGACACGACGAUGAUGUUGAUGAAUAAGGAAUCGGUAUAUGUGUCGUCGAAACAACGAUCGGGACAAAAAUGCGACAAACGACCACCCAACCCAAACAUGAAGCAAUGUCAACGACGACAGCGACAAACCGCCUCAAAACUGUCGCAUGUAUCAAAGAUCGAUCAGAUCACAGAAAGAAGAGACGGAAGAUAAGAAGAAAGAAAAAACUCAGUUACACCAGAUCAACCCAAAUCACCUCAUUUUAUCUUUUCACUACACGUCUUUCUUGCCCCUCAUCCAUCAUGUUAUCUUUCAUUAAAAGUGCAACUUUCAAAGCAACAAACGCUAUCAAUGAUAAUAGUAGAUAAGAACAGUUAGUAUACACAGUACAUUAUGAGAUAAAUAUUAUGGGUGCUGCUCUGGUG